UCUUGUGCCGUGAGAAGGUCGCGGCGACUGCUUCGAGUAGCUCACUCGAAAUCGUCCUUAGCUUUCUUUAGCUUUCUUCCUCCCGCGUGGCCGCGUCCAAGGCAAAACGGAAGUUAUUUCACCCUUGUGCUUCAGCGCUUGCCUUUUGUAAAUCUCCUGAUAGUACAAUACUUUCUUGAGACCGAGGCAAACUCAUCAGUCGCCACCCGAACCCUCCUUGCUCCUCCCACUCUUCCAUGCUGCGCGCAGUCCUCGCGGGAGCAAUCACGCACUUCUCUGCCUCCGGGUCCUUCAAGCCACCGAGACCUCUCCUCCUGCUCAAUGCCUCGCGUCUCUCCACUUCGCGGGAGCCCGUCGCCGGCGGCGAUGGAGAGAGCGAGGGAGAGGAUGACCCAUUCUCCUUUCCAGACCACCAGCAGCUUCCGGCCGACGUCGUACGCGGAGUGGACGCCGUCGUCGCGGCGGCCGAGGGUUCCCACGCGGACGCCACGCGGGCCAGGACCCUGCUGGAGCGGUGCGGCGCCGCGGCCUCCGAGACGCUCGUGGUGGCCGCGCUAUCGCGCCUCCGUAACAGCUGGGCCGCCGCGCACGCCGCGUUCCUGUGGGCCGCCGCGCAGCCAGAUUACGCUCCCGGACGUCACGCGUGCCACUCCAUGCUCGCUAUCCUCGCCAAGCACCGCCGCUUCGACGAUGCGCGCGCCCUGCUCGACGAAAUGCGCCGCAAGUCGCUUGCGUCCCCGAGAGCGGUGCUCCUCCUAGUCCGGCGCUACUGCGCCGCGCGCGACGUCACUAGGGCGAUCGCCGCAUUCCAUGCGCUUCCGAGCUUCGGUUUUGAGCCUGGCGUCGCCCAGUUCCACGGUCUCUUGAGUGCACUCUGCCGGUACAAGAACGUGCAGGACGCCGAGCACCUGCUGUUGUCCAGCGAGAAAGAGUUCCCUUUCGAGACCAAGAGCUUCAACAUUGUCCUCAACGGGUGGUGCAACAUGGUCUGCAGUGUGCGGGAGGCGAAGAGGUUUUGGACUGCGAUGGAGGUCAGGGGUAUUGAGAGGGACGUUGCAUCCUAUGGGAGCAUGAUUUCGUGCUUCUCGAAAGCCGGGAGUUUGGACUCAGUAUUGAAGCUCUUUAACGGCAUGAAAGAGGCUGGCAUCGUGCCAGAUCGGAAAGUUUACAAUGCAGUUGUGUAUGCGCUCGCGAAGGGGCGGUGUGUGGAUGAAGCAAAGGCGCUUGUCCGGAGUAUGGAGGAGAGGGGGACUCCACCAGACACAGCCACUUACAACUCCCUCAUCGGGCCUCUUUGCAAGGCUCGGCAGGUCCAGGAGGCAACACAAAUGUUUGAUGAGAUGAUAGGGAGAGGGCUAUUGGCAUCAGUGAGGACAUUCCAUGCAUUAUUUGACGUGGCUACAAGCCCCUCUGAGGUGUUUGAUGUGCUGGAUAAGAUGAAGACACUGCACUGCGAGCCCGAGAUAGACACAUACAUUAUGUUGAUCAGGAAGUUCUGCCGGUGGAGGCAGCAUGACAGUGUGGAGAAACUGUGGAGUGCAAUGCCUACAAAUGGGCUGAACCCUGAUCGGAGUGCAUACAUUGUGUUGAUACAUGGAUUGUUCUUAAAUGGGAAGCUAGAGGAGGCAGCAAAGUAUUACGAGGAGAUGAAAGCCAAGGGCUUUCCACCAGAGCAGAAGACUGAAUCGAUGAUUCAGGCGUGGCUUACAGGCAGAGAGCUUGCCAAGGCGUCAGCUUCUGUCGGUUCACGGAGUGGUUCUGUGUCUCUCGGACUAAAUCCUAGAAAGCGAUGAAAUUGACUAUCUCCUUAAAAGUGACAUGAAAAGAAAUGGAUCAGGUAAUAAGGGUGUUUCUGUUGUGAAGGCAAUGCUAGAAAUUUUUGAGAAAGCUAUUUUUGAUCAUUCAGGAAAGAAUAGAGAGGCUGAUUGUUGUAUGUUUUGCCCAGUUAUUUAUAUUCUAUGCAAUUUCUUCACUGUAGAUUUGAAUUGGAGUGCAAAUUAUGUUUAACCUGUUUAAAUUUGGGUAGGCAUCGGUCCCCGCAUUCCUUUGUAGCUUGUAAUUUGUAAUGACCACAUGCUCAAUUAUUUGGUUCUCUCAUUCAUAUGAUUUGAAACUCAAUAUUGUCUCUUAUGUAAUUUUCAUCAUUAGCAUGUUUCAAAUAAACAGCUUCAUUGUGUACUA